GGUAGUAACUAGGAAUGUCCAAUAAUCUGGGAAGCUGCUCGCGCUCGACAGCUCACAGCAAAACGAGAUCCGACCGUCGCGUGCUGUUCUUGACGGGAAGAAGCACGUCCAUCUCCACGAGCCACGUUCAGGGAACUGAGGUAGCCCGCGAGCCGUAAUGAACUUCUUCGGGUUCGGUCAGACUGCGGAGAUCGAUAUAGUUCUGAAUGACGCCGAGACGAGGAAGAAAGCAGAACACAACGGUGAAGACGGAAGGAAGGACAAAUAUUUCCGAUUCUUCGACGGGGAGACGGUGUCGGGAAAAGUCAACGUCACGCUUAAGUACCCGGGGAAGAGGCUGGAGCACAAUGGCAUCAAAGUUGAGUUUGUCGGCCAGAUAGAGCUGUACUACGACAGAGGGAACCACCAUGAGUUUGUGUCUUUAGUGAAAGACUUGGCUCGGCCAGGAGAGCUGACGCAGUCUCAGACAUUUGACUUCGAGUUCACACAUGUGGAAAAACCGUACGAGUCAUACACUGGUCAGAACGUCAAGCUACGUUACUUCCUCAAGGUGACGAUAAGCCGGAAGCUCAGCGACAUCACCAAGGAGCUGGACAUUGUGGUUCACACCCUGAGCACAUACCCUGACCUCAACUCCUCCAUCAAGAUGGAAGUGGGGAUCGAGGACUGUCUGCACAUAGAAUUUGAGUACAAUAAAUCCAAGUAUCACCUAAAAGAUGUGAUUGUUGGGAAGAUUUACUUCCUCCUGGUGAGGAUUAAGAUCAGGCAUAUGGAGAUCGACAUCAUCAGACGAGAGACCACCGGCACGGGACCCAGCGUUUACAACGAGAACGACACCAUAGCCAAGUACGAGAUUAUGGACGGAGCUCCGGUCAGAGGAGAAUCCAUCCCCAUCCGGCUGUUUCUGGCAAGCUACGAGUUGACGCCCACCAUGAAAGACGUCAACAAGAAGUUUUCAGUGCGAUACUUCCUCAACUUGGUUCUCAUAGACGAGGAGGACAGACGCUAUUUCAAACAACAGGAAAUCAUUUUGUGGAGGAAAGGUGACAUAGUGAAGAAGAGCAUGUCUCACCAGGCCAUCAUGGCUGCACAGCGCUUCGAGGGCUCCUCCAAUCCAGAGAAGUCCCACAGUCAGAGCGCUGAGGACGGCAAGAGCUAAACUCCAGCCAGUCGGGCACUUCCACUUCCUGCUGUGUCUGAGUGAACACAGCUCAGAGGUGUCAGUCCAAAUGUUGAGUGAAUGAGUGAGUGAGUGAGUGAAUUCCAGUAUGUGUGUGUGAAGGGAACAAACAGUGCCACUCUGGGCUGGAGUUGUGUUGAUUUGGGUUUAAGCAUCUCGAAGCACUAUCUACAUGGAGCAGGCCACACUCAGACUGAUGAAUUGGUACCAGCAAGUUUCUGUCUUAAACUGUUCCAAGUAAUCAGUCUGGAAGUGGUCUGUCUGCUUUAUCUCUGUGGCAUCUACGACAGCAGUCGCUUAGGAGGACAUCUUUCAAAGGUGCACUUCAACCUGUCACUCACAGGUGUGUUUGGGAGAGCGUUGAAUGUUUAUAUGUGGCUAGAGUAUUGCACUGUGAGGAAACUGUAGUCAUACAGUAGCUUUCUAAAGAGUGGCUAAACAAUAGCAUUUAUCACACAUCUGUGUGACACUUCACAGGAACCUAACAGUGUGAUAGGAACCCAUUAAUAGGAUUAUUUUGCUGCCAUCUUCUGCUUUUUUCUGCAAACUUUGCCUGCAUUUUGCAAACUUGGCUUGCUCCCAGAAUCCCAAACAGGAAGUAGCACACUUCAUUAACAUGACAACCAUUGAUUAUCAUUUCUAAGAAUAUACAUUUGGAAGAUAUUUUCAUACAUUCCAAUGCUGUUGUGAGCAUUAGGCAUGAUUGUAAGGUACUUUUUUUUAAACCAACCUCUUACUUGUAGUACACAUUCACCAAACUGUUUUAAUGGAUUCUAUAACAAAUGGAGUUUUGGUAUGUUUAUAAUUUGGUUGUUACAGUCACCAAUGACUUGUUUCUGAGCCCAGCUUUCUUAUUUUGCACUAUCACAUCCUUCUGUUUAGUUGUUUUCUGCUCUCUGUUCUGUUUGUGACAGAUGCAGUGGCAGGAGUUUAUGAGCACAAUUAAAAAUAUAACUUCUAAUUAUCCUAACUAGAGAUGCAUCGAUCAGAUGUUUUCUGGCCAUUAGUGGUUUUCUUUGAGGUCUGACCUGCUGUUUUCUUAAGGAGUAUAACUUGGAAUCUGACAGACAUAAGAGUUUUAAAGUCAAAUUGUCACUAACCUCCAUCUGAUUUUUAUUCAGCUAAAAGUAUGAAGUACAGGCGGUUGAGUUCUUAGUUUUGAAGUGUUUCAUGAAUUGAAUUUGAACAGAUUUUUUACGUCGACGCUCGUAAGCCAAUCAAGGGAAAAUUGUACUAUUCCGAACAGGCGCCAAUAGAUUGGUGCAUCUCUAAUCAAUGACAUCUGGUCUCACUUCAAUUUAAUCACGCAUAGACACUUGAUUAUGAUACUUUUACUAUAAUAUCAGCAGAGAAUGAAAGUUAAACAAGUAACAUUGGUCUCUCUUACUUAGGACUUCUGUUUUCUUGCUGUUUUUUAAUCUCACAAUGAACAGUUCACCAGUGGAACCUGAAGGUGAAAUUUGCCUUCGGCGUUGAUCCGUGUGUCUUGUGUGUGAUGACUUUGAAGUGACCUCUGCCUGUUGAUUGUUUGCAGGCUGAACUUUAGCCAGUUAUGUCUCUGUGUAGUUUAGUGUCAAUCAUCCAGAACACUCCCCGAGGUUCUCCUGUACCUUUCUUGUACUUGUUAAGCUGCUUUGGAUCAUGGUUUUAAAUGUAAAAGAGGGGUGGGGGAAAGGACAGCUCUAUUUUAAUGAGCUCUUAGAUUCAAUAAAAAUUCCAAGAACUUUUUUCA